GCCAUAGCUGCCGGCCUUCCCGACCCAGCGUCUCCGCCGCCGGCUCCGCGCCGCCGCCAUGGCCGACGUGGAAGACGGCGAGGAGCCCUGCGCCCUGUCCUCUCACUCUGGGAGCGCAGGCUCCAAGUCGGGAGGCGACAAAAUGUUCUCUCUCAAGAAGUGGAACGCGGUGGCCAUGUGGAGCUGGGACGUGGAGUGCGAUACGUGCGCCAUCUGCAGGGUCCAAAUGCCUGUCUCAGAUGUCAAGCUGAAAACAAACAAGAGGAUUGUGUUGUGGUGUGGGGAGAAUGUAAUCAUUCCUUCCACAACUGCUGCAUGUCCCUGUGGGUGAAACAGAACAACCGCUGCCCUCUCUGCCAGCAAGACUGGGUGGUGCAGAGAAUCGGCAAAUGAGACGGUGGAAGGGCUUCCUAGUGCAUUUGCCCAGAGCCCUGGUGGACCGCGUUAUCAAGUGCCUACAGAGGCGAGGACACUCGGGGACUGAUUCUUCAAAUAGGAGGAGAUGGGUCUUUGGUCUUUGAGGACUCAUCAAAGGCAUGGGUUAGCAUUUUGUCAGUUUUAUUUUCAGAAAUUCUCUACAAUUAAGAAGAUAAUUUAUUAAAGAUGGUCUUUCCUAUCUCUGUGGUAUGUGUCACACUACUUAGAAGUGCUAUAAAGGAAGCGAGAACUACAAAUUGACCUUUAUAAUUUACUUACUGAUGUCCAAGGGGCUGUGGAAGCAGUUCCACUUGGAAGAGGACUUUCUGCAUGCUUAAAGUUGGUCAGUUAAAAAAGAAUGUUACAGUCACAAAUAAAGUGCAGUUUAAAACCCAACUCUUAUCCUUAAUUUGUUCCUGAUAUUUAUUUUAGACAGGGAAGGGGGUGAUUCAUGAAAUAUUUAUUUGAUACAAGUUUAAGUUUGGGACAGUGAGCAGGGUAAAUAAAAUUUAAUCUUGGGGCAUAUGGGAUUUCUGUUGUCUUUUAGGUUUUCUUCCUCAAUCAUUAAAAAAACCUUGAUCUACACACCUUACUGUUCAGUCAUUCAGUGGGAAAGGACAGGAGCAUUUUCAAGGUUUAGUCAGAUUAUGAUGUAAUUUAACUUGUUAAUGAGGGGAAAUGUUUACCACUUUAGCAUUAGAUCAAAAAAAGUUUAUUUUAUUAUACAGUGUUUUAAUAAACGGUUUAUUCUGUUUACUUCAUUUGAAUUGUC